CUCAAUGAUGUCUACCACACACUUGCUAAUAUUUCUACUUGGACUGGCCGCUCUAGCCACUCCCUCUUUUGGUACCUAUGAGUCUCCCAACUAUGGGAAGCCCCCUACUCCUGUUUAUAAGCCUCCUACGGUGAAACCCCCACCUUAUGAACAUAAGCCACCUGUCUAUGAACCUCCAAAGAAGGAAAAACCUGAACCUAAACCACCAGUUUAUACACCACCAAAGAAAGAGAAGCCAGAACCCAAGCCACCAGUAUAUGAAUCACCAAAAAAGGAAAAGCCCGAACCAAAGCCACCAGUUUAUACACCUCCAAAGAAAGAGAAGCCUGAACACAAACCACCAGUAUAUGAACCACCAAAGAAGGAAAAGCCUGAGCCUAAGCCACCAGUUUAUACCCCACCAAAGAAAGAGAAGCCUGAACCCAAGCCACCAGUGUAUGAACCACCAAAGAAGGAAAAGCCUAAGCCUAAGCCACCGGUUUAUACACCACCAAAGAAAGAAAAACCAGAACCCAAACCACCAGUUUAUCAACCUCCGAAGAAGCCACCAGUUUAUGAGCCUAAACCACCAAAACCACCAGUUUAUGUACCACCAAAGAAAGAGAAACCAGGACCCAAGCCACCAGUUUAUGAACAUCCAAAGAAACCACCGUAUGGUCACUAUCCAGGACACCCUCCAUUGGGGAAGCCUCAAUAGAGAGAUCCCAUCGGCUAGCCAUCCCAAGAACUGAGCUACUAUGGCUAUAUAGAUAAAUUAGUAUCUAUACAAUAAGAGUUUCUUCCUACUCAUGUUCUAUUUUCUUGUAUGUCAUGUAGUAAUGUUUUCUUUUACCUGCGAGAAUGCCGAUGGCAGUAGUCAUUGGAAUGCUUAUUUUAUGUCUUCUUGUUUCUCAAUGAGCAAUAUCCUGAUUUCGACA